AUGGAAGAAUCAACUGGUUCAGGUUCAGAGAGAAAGAUUGGCAUCGUUGCCGGGAAAUUUGUAGCCUCAGAUGGGAUAGCUUUCUCUGAUUUCCUCAGGAACAAGGAACCUCCGCGUUCGCUCUCUCAGUGCACCGGGGAUGACGCGGUUGAGUUUCUGCGUCGUCUUCCCUCGGACAAAAUUGAAACUGUCGCCAUCAGCCUCGGCGCCGCAGACUUCAACGGCGACCAUAAAGCAAAUCCUUUUCGUAGCUCAGCUGUAACAACAUUCUUGAAGGAGCGUGUGAAAGAAAAGGCUAGGGGAGUGAAAAUGAAUUAA